AAGAGUAAUUCAUAACAUUUCAUUUGAGAUACGCGCGCGUACUGAACUGGUGGAUAAAUAGAAAAGCUCACAGUUACUAUGAUGGCAGCACUUAGGGCACAACAUAUUUUAAAACUUAGCGCAGAGCGACAAAGGGAAUUCGUCAACUCCUUCGAUGUGGUAUUUUGUGAUUGUGAUGGUGUUAUGUGGCUAAUAGCGGCGCCAUUGCCGCAUACCGGUGACGCAGUGAAUACGCUCAAAGCGAACGGCAAGCAAGUGAUCUUUGUGACAAAUAACAGUAUACGCACGGAUGAUGAAUAUGUGAAGCUGUUCAGUGGAAUUGGUGUGAAGAAUUUCCAAAAGAAUGAUAUUAUUCACCCGGCAAAGUCGAUGAUAUACUAUUUGAAAAAACACAACAUUAAGCAGCCGGUUUUCUCUCUAUGCGGCACGGCUUCCAAUACAACCCUACGCAGCGGAGGCAUAGACGUAAGGACUCUGGAUGUAACACAACCCAUUACAACAGCAACGUUACCAGAGAUAACAGAACCUAAAGAGAAAGUCGGUGCUGUUUUAUUUGAUAUAAACAUGGAUCUCAAUUAUACGCAGAUGGUUGCGGGUACGCGUUAUCUAGCAGACAAAGAUUGUCAAUUCCUUGCGGGCGGCACAGACUGGCUGUUGCCAAUGACACCGAAUUUGACGGUACCAGGUUUUUGCGAUUUCCUCGAGACCAUACAGAGAUUCACAAAGAGACCAGCAACCAUUCUCAGCAAACCGUCGCUUUUGCUGGGCGAAAUAGUUAAAGACAUCUACCAGCUGAAAGAUCCAAAGCGUUGCCUAUUCGUUGGCGACUCUCUGACGCACGACAUACGUUUUGGCCUCGGCUGUGGUUUUCAAACGCUGCUCGUUUUGAGUGGUUCCACGCCGAUCGAGGAAAUGUUGGCUGCGCCCGUGGAGGAUCAACCGCAUUAUUAUGCCGAUGGUAUUUCGGAUUUUCUUAAAUUAUAUGAAAAUAUUGGCAAGAAUGCUUAGGCUAUUGAAUAGUGCAUUUUGUUUUCCAAUUAAUA